UGGCGCGAUCGGGCGAUGCGGUGACGUGCGGGUUUCGGGGCGGUGGUAUUGGCGGGAGCGGGGUGACGGACGAUGUGGCGCGCGCUGUGCUCGAUUCCGGGGACUACGGUUGGCAGGUUGGUCCUGCGCGCUCCCACCCCGCUACUGCCCGUCGGUGGAAAGAGAAGUACCACAGCUAUGCCUGAAGUAAAUACAGAUAAUCUUGAUGAACAGCAGGUGCAGCUUUUGGCAGAGAUGUGUAUCCUUAUUGAUGAAAAUGACAAGAAGAUUGGUGCAGAUACCAAGAAAAACUGCCAUCUGAAUGAAAACAUUGAUAAAGGAUUAUUGCACCGAGCUUUCAGUGUUUUUUUAUUCAAUACAGAAGAUAAGUUGCUAUUGCAGCAGAGAUCAGAUGCUAAAAUUACUUUUCCAGAUUGUUUUACCAACACUUGUUGCAGCCAUCCACUGAGCACCCCACUAGAACUGCAAGAAAAUAAUGCCCAUGGUGUUCGGCAAGCAGCACAGAGGCGAUUAAGAGAAGAGUUAGGCAUUCCCUUGGAACAGGUAACUCCAGAAGAAAUCUUCUAUCUAACGCGAAUUCACUACAAGGCCCGCUCUGAUGGGAUCUGGGGAGAACAUGAAAUUGAUUACAUCUUGUUUGUGCAGAAGAAUGUAACACUGAAUCCUGAUCCAAAUGAGAUCAAAAGCUACUGUUAUGUGACACAGGAAGAACUAAAACAACUCUUGGAAAAAGCAUCAAAAAAUGAAAUCAAGAUUACUCCUUGGUUCAAAUUAAUUGCAGAGACUUUUCUUUUUAAAUGGUGGGAUAACCUGCAUAAUUUAAAUAGAUUUGUGGAUCAUGAAAAAAUACACAGAAUGUAAAAAGCUCUAAGUGAAUGUAGUGGUGAGGGGUAACAGUAGGAUGCUGUCUUAAAAGCAGUAAGGUAACUUUUAAUCCUUAAAGUUUUGAAUACUGACAAAAAUGGUACAUCAGCAGUACCUGUUGUAGGAAUUUCUGUACCUAUGCAUAGUGAUGGUGUGGCAGUUGGGUUGGGGUUUUUUUGGGUGGGAGGAGGGGGUUGGUUUUUUUUUUUUUUAAUUUACAGCUGAUGAAUGGUGCUGGCCUGACAGCAUGGGAAACUUAAGUCAUCUUUUCAGAGCAGGCAAACUGUGGUGUUACCCAAGUGCUGAAAAAAGUUUCAAGUGUAAAGCCAACCUUGAUGAUUAUAAGUAAAUAACAGUAGAUAUAGUACGAAACUUGUUUAGGGCUUAAUGAAUACUAAGAUAGAAAGCCCGUGUAGAAAAGAAAUUGUAAACCUUUAUUUUGAGGGGCACUGAAAUACAUUUAAUGAGGCUUAUUAGCAGAAAUGAGUUUUGUACAAGAAGAUAGACAAAAUAGGCAACAGCAAAGUAAGCUUCCCUGCAUUGCCUUCCAGUGCAGUGCCUAUAACCUGACCGGGAGUGAUUCUCUCCAAUGAAUGGAGGAUAAUCUAGUCUCUAACUCCAUUUAGUUGUCUCCAUUGUGACUGUAAAUAAGUGCCACUUCUGAUGUAAACACCCAUCCAGUGGCAAUUAAUCUGAGACUUCUCCUUCCAGAGGCUUUUGGUAGUUAGGUUAAUUAAAGGAAUUUUAUUAACUUGUAUUUAUACUAGUUCAAGGACACAGUAUAACUAGCAUUUCUUCAUCUUUCAUCGGGGGGGCGGGAAACUGAUUUACUAGGUAAAUGCCAUCAAAUGCACAAAGUAAACAGAUCACAAACUUU